AUGGCCCACGCGGACUUCUCCAACUUCGCCGCCCUGCUGCGUGCAGAGACCCUCCAGUCUGUAGUCGACGCCUACGACGCCCUCGCCCUGGACUGCUCCAACUGGGUGGCCAACUUGGCCAACGCCCUGUCGCUAGUGUGGCACGCCUACCAUGCAUUGGGAGUCCGAGUCAACUGGGCCGGCUUCUAUGUUCUCGACGCAGAGGCCGCCAACACGCUUGUGCUUGGCCCGUUCCAGGGGAAAGUGGCAUGCCAGAGCAUCCGUUUUGGCGCGGGCAUCUGUGGCCGGGCGGCCGAGAACAGAAGCACCGAGGUGAUUCCAGACGUGCACGCCGAUAAGGCGCAUAUCGCCUGCGACGGCGACACCAACAGCGAGAUUGUGGUGCCUCUUGUGGCGGACGGGCGUGUGGUGGGCGUUUUGGACAUUGACUGCUUGGACAAGAACGGCUUUGGGCCCGACGACGCGGCAGUGUUGGAGCAGUUGGCGCAGCACAUUUCCAGCUCGUGCCGCUGGGUGUUUGCCUGA